AUGUCCUCAUUUUCCUGCAGGGUGUCAGAAUUCAGCUGCCACAUCUCGGGGUGCUGCCAGGUCUUUGAUACGCUGGAGGGCUACGAGCACCACUACAACACACUGCACAGGAACGUCUGCUCCUUCUGCAAGCGCUCCUUUCCAUCCGGGCAUCUCUUGGAUAUUCACAUCUCGGAGUGGCACGACUCACUCUUCCAGAUAAUGGCUGAGAAGCAAAACAUGUACAAGUGUUUGGUAGAAGGCUGUGCAGAGAAGUUCAAGAGCAGCAAGGACAGAAAGGGUCACUUGGUCACCGUUCACCUCUAUCCUGCUGACUUCCGGUUUGAUAGACCAAAGAAAGUGAAAAGUGGCCCCAAGCAUGUGAGCUCUCCCGCGAAGCUGGGUGCCAGUGUGCCGAUGGAUGUGAGCGUGGAGAUGGCAGAGCAAUUCCAAGUGGACCCCAUGGAAACAGGGCCCAGUGAGAACAUGGAGAUCCCUCUGCCUGCAGCCAGCCCCUACCCCCCGGGGCUGGAGAAACGACUCUAUAAAUCCAGGGUCCCUUCCACAAUUUGCUUUGGACAAGGUGCCACCCGAGGAUUUAAAGGACCAAGGAAGAAAGUCUGAAGGUCAGUGCACCGCAGGGAGGAGUCUGAAGGUCAGUGCACGGGACUGCAAGAUGAGAAGGUGCUGGCUGCUGCCUCCCGCAAACACUAGCGACGGCACCACCGCCAGGCAGGGAUAUUUGCAGUUGCGUGGCAAGGUCCUGCUCCGUACCGGGAGGGCAGCAGGGUGGACACAAGGAUUGUGUGGCAGCAGUUUGGGACACAUCAGUGCCCUGGGAGGUACUUUGCUACAGCCCCUUCGUGUCUCUGUACCACCUCCCUUGGGCAGCAUUUCAGAGGUGGCCUGAGCUUAUGUUUGUCCUUCUGAGACACAAUGAUCUCUUUUCUCAUCCCCUCUGAAAUCAAACUACAAACAAAUUCCUCUGCCUCUGUGCUGUGAGUUUUUGUAUCUCAUCAGUGCCACGACCGCUCUGCGCAGCAAUGGCUUUCUAGAUAGGUGGUCGCAUCCUGCCUGAGCUUAGAAAUGAGCUUAGAAAUGGCAAAUGCUGUUCUGAACCUCCAGGCGGCUGCAGGGAUCGCACAGGCUUUAUGAAAAACUUGCAGGGAACCGCUGCCAAAACUGUGGCAGGGAAAAUGCCGCCCAAAACACACCGCGUUCCCUCUUCCUGUGGGAAGCCCUGCAUCCCCCCCUGCCUCCUGGGGGGUGUCACGCUUCCCUGCCAGCCCUGCUUGUACAGGGGAGAAUCAGAAUCCAGAAGAGAGGUGUAGAUUACAACAAUUAGUUUAAUUCUUUUAAUUUAACUCUU